AUGGAAGACCUCGAAUCCAAGCUAAAAACGGGUGGAUACGGGGGCGUCAUCAUCACCUCGUCGUUCACGAUCAGCUGCCUCCCAAACUCAAUUGUGGAGGAGCUCGCCAGCAUUGGCGGGCCGACGUUUGUUGUCGGGAAAAAGACAGCCGAGGUUGCUCGCCAAGCGGGUUUCCAGCAACUUAUUGGAGAAGAAAUUGGCUCGACGGCCGAGCUGUCUCCAAUCGUCUCCAGCUGGCAAGAAAAGAAUGAAGAAGACAAGGUGCCAAGGCUGCUUUUUCCCGGGGCCAGGACCCGCGCGCGGGGACUGGCAGAACUACCCGCGAUCGACGAGGUCGCGGUUUACGAGACAGUUGCUAGAGAAGAAAGUGUGCUAGCAGCUGAAAUAAUGGCGCAGGCGCCAUUCGACGUCGCCGUCUUCUUCUCCCCAAGCGGAGUGAAGGCCGCACACGACAUCGUCGCGCGACAGAAGACCACGAGGAUGAUUGCUCUGGGACUUACAACAGCGAAAUCGUUUCCGGAUGGAAGCGAUGUGUCAGCAUCAUCAAAACCCACCGCAGAGGGGGUCUUCGCUGCCAUUGAAGAAGCGCUACACGCUUACUCAACUUAA